AUGAGUGGCCUGGGUCUUGUUGGCUAUGGAAGCAGUGACAGCGAUGAUGAGCCACCUACCAGAGGACCCGGGCCCUUGCGAGCUUCUUCGAAUAAUGUCGCCGAAGACCGAAAACUUGCAGCUAAUGGCACAACCAAAACAAGAGAGGUUGAUACAGCGGAAAACGGCCAUGAAGCGGCUGCCAAAGACAUAGAUGACGAUGGGCCGAUGGUAGGUCCGACGAUGCCCGAACAAUUUGACGACCAUGAGCAAGAACAGCCAUUUGAGCCUGAACGACGAAUGUCCGAACGGGAGACUAUUCAUCAUCUCACACAGGCGACUCAUCCCAUAACGUCCAUACCACCGUCGCCACCCAGUUCCCCUGAUCCAGCACUCAAUGCGAAAUUCAGGCGAUUCUUGGAACUCAAGGCGAAGGAAGUUCACUUCAACGAGGAUCUGGCAAAUAAGUCAACCUUCAGAAAUCCAGGCAUCCUGGCUACCAUGAUUAGUCGAGCAGGUCUAGAAGAGCGGGAUCAGUACAGAACCUCUCUGCCGGUAGAGAUCUUCAAUCCCGGGGGAUUUCCCGCCACUGCGUACAAGGAAGAACUUCUCCGCAACCAACAGAGUCUGAGAGAACAAGAACAGGCCACCAAGAAGACACUUUCGGCUGCCGGAAAGAGAACCAUCGAGUUCGCUUCCGCCGGGACUUCUGCCACCUCCAGUCGAGAGUCGACGGCGGAACUACCAAACAAGCGGAAACGGCCUUGA